AAUCUGUAACCUGACAAACUGUCUGUUUACGGAUGGAAAUUUAGAUACCUACUGAACGAAUAGUACCUACUUUUAGGUGUCUAUUAUACUGAUAAAUUAGGAACCUGUUUCCGUAUAGACUCAUAAUUACUUUCCAAAUCAGAAAGUUCAUAAUAUUAUGUUUUGUACGUUUUAAUCUGAUUACUUUUUUCUAAGACGUUAUGAUUCUGAUGUGAUUAUUUGUGUUGAUAUAAAAAUGGCUACCGUUUUCGAUAGUCCCUUCAUCAGGCAAAGAUUACAUCGACUUAGGCAUCGUGAUUACGACUUUGAUGAAGAUCAACGAUUUGGACGAUGCGACUGUACCAGUUAUUCUUAUUUUGUGCUCUCAAUGGUUCUUUUUUCUGUCGGUACCGUUAUUACAGUGCUUGCAUUAGGAGAUGCAGACGGCUAUAUUCUUAGCAAUUUAGGACACAUGUGGCUAGUGGGACCGAUAUUUAUAUGUUCUGGAAUGAUGGUUGCUGUAAAAAGUAUGCUGUACCUACGUAGAAAAAGCGUUAUACAAAUGUUGCUUCAUCGCCGUGCUUUGAUAAGGGAUAUGGCGGCUAUUCCAGCAGAACAAGCAUAUGGUGGGCAAGUACCAAGGACAGCAUCUAAUGCCACACUGCCUCCCUCUUAUGAUGCCUUAAUAUCAAAUGCUGCGACCAGCAAACCCCAGCCUUCCAGUUCAGAACCUCCACCUCCUACAUAUGAUGAGGCUAUGUAUCUCAUAAGUGAUGAAAAAUUGCAAGUGGAAAAUAAAGUUGAUGAUAGUGCCAAACAAGAAACAACUUCUCAAACACCUGAUGUUUCAGAUAAUAGUAAACCUUAAAAGGACCAGAUGUUUUGUUAUCAUUAGCUAUGUAAGUAUAAUACUUAAUUCUUCCUUUUGUACUUAUCAUUUCUACAUACAUAGUCAUUAUUGAUAUUGCGUAUUCAUAGAUGUGCCUAAAAUGUUAGUAAUAUUGUUAUGUCGGGUUUGUUUUAAUGGUCAUUUUAAAAAGAAAUAUAUGAAAUAUUUAAUCUUAAAAUGACUUUGAACAGAUUAAAAUUAUGUUUAUUAUUAUAUGGAUUAAUGGCUGUUUACACAGAUUUUGAUCACAUUUAAGAGAGCUUUACAUUAUUUUUAUGUUUAUUUCUACAUUUCUCUUUUCUUUGUCAACUCUCAGACAUUCACCAUAUAACAAAAAAAGUAUGAUAUAAAAUCUUUUUCAGUGAUUUUAAAAUUCUAGUUUAAACACAACAGCUGCUAUCAUCUCUGUGCUGGUCUAUGUGAAAAGACACUAAGACAUAACAAUAUCAUUCAUUCUAAUUUGUUCAGAUUUAGAUUAGGAUUAAAUGUUUCAACAAAUAUUGGAGCAUUAAACCUAAAUUCACCAUCAUAUUCCUUUAUAAAUAUCUAAAUGGUGAAUCACAACUAAUAAAAUCUUUAAAAUGAAUCUAUAAACUUGUAAAAUAAUAGAAAUGUUGAAAUUUUUAUAAGAACCAUUACUUGCUCUAUUUGUGCCAAAAUGUAUGGCCUAAUGCAUAACCCAAUAUUAAUUUUGUGAUGAUUUUUUACAAUAUGGGAAACAUCUUAUUCUGGGCUCAUUAAAUAUAAUUAUUAUCAUUAAAUAUAUAAUAUAGUAUAUACAGUCAAAGAGUAUAAACCAUUUCCAAAUCAGCCACUUCUUAUAUUUUGUAUAAUGGGUUAAUAUCUUUAUUUCUAACAAAAUAGACAUGAACCAUAAAAUAAUAUUAGAAAUAGGUUAUUGGUUAAUGAAUCUGGUACAUUGAUAGACCAGUUCUAAAUCCUACGUUGAAGUUUAUUAAAUUUUGUGUCCUUCAUGAAAUAGGGGAAAUAUAAUUAAUAUAUUUGAUCAUGUACAAUUGGGCCUAAAAUUGGAGAUCUCUUAUUAAUAUUCUUAAAAGGCUUAAAAUUAUUAAUGCAACAAGUUACACUUAAUUUUAUAUAAAAAACUCAAUUUUCAAAUGGCAAUCUAUUUGCAUUAAUGUAGAUUACAUUGCAUUACAUACAGGUGUGUAAGUAAAAAUGUAAAGUACAGGCUAUUUUAUAGCAAAGAUAUAAACUAGAAAGUAACUCUUAACUGAAAUGAAAUUUUUACUUUUUUGAUUAAUUGAGACAAUCGAAUAUACAAUCGAUAUUUUGCAUGUAAUUGACAGUUACAGCCAUUUGUCUCAAGUAACUUCAUUUUUUACAGUAUAUUGAUUAAAUAUUAUAUGCUAAUAAACUGUUGUUUAUGAUUAGACUCUUGGCAAUUUAUUAAUUGCAAAUUGUUAUAAAAAUAUUAUUAAAAUAUGAAAGGUGUGAGUCAAACUCUCUUCAAAACUUUUCAAUCACACAAUAAUUGAAUGGAAUAUGAUUUUCAUAUUUUAAUAAUAUUUUCUAAUAAACAUUAAAAAAUAAAUGCUCUUUAAUUGGACCAUCUGAUUUUGUUAUCUCAAUGAUACCUACACAUCUGCUAAUAGGGCCUUUUGUAAACACUGAAAAUUUCAACACAUAUACAUAGUGCAGUGUGUUCUUUAAAUAAGUAAGAAAGUUGGCAUUCAAUAGUACAAAAGUAUCUUUUUAUUCACUUUUAAUUAGAUAUACUAGUUCUAUUUAUAGAUCUCCUAUAUUAUUCAUAAAAAAUAACUUACCAAAUUAUUCUAGAAAAACUACACAUCAGAUUAUUGAAUGAAAUAAAUUUAUCAGAUCCUUAUUUUUUAUGAAUACGAAAUAUCUCUUGAAAUUACUGUUAUUAAUUUAAAAGAACAUUUCAAACCCAGUGUAAAACAGAUGGUGAAGUUAUUGUUUACUAUAAGUUUGCUCCACUAUAAUGAUCUAUUAUUAUAAGGGGUUAUUUACGUACACUGAGAUCAAUUCUGAAGUGUUGACUUCCUUAUCUCUAAAAUUAAAAUUUUAAUUAAAAUACAUUGUUUCAAGCAUUUUUAAAGUAGAUUAUUAGUUAUAUCUUAAGGAUUUUGCUACAAUAUUGUAUUGAAAUUUUAGAUGCAGAGAUAAAAAAAACUGCCGCAUCAGAAUUGACCCCACUAUAUUCCUAGUUGUAUAUUUAUAUGUGCCUCAUUUACAAAAUUUGUAUAUGGCAUAAUUUGCAAUUUACUGUUGUGAAGACUGAUGCAUUUACAUUUAAAUUAUAUGUAUAUAGAUUGUUGUCCAUAGCAGUGAAAUAAUGCAUUAUGUUAUAGAUUAAUGAUUACUUUUAAAAAUUGAUAGUUUUUGAUCUGAAAAAUAAUGUAAGAGUAUAAAUUCAAAAGAGAAAGCAACUAUUAUAUAUUCUACCUACUUAAUUGCCAUGCAAAUAAACAUACCAGUGAAUGCAGGAGUCAUAACAAUUCUUAAUACAUAUAACAAAUUUUAGAAUAUGUGUAACAAUUAUUUUCUGUAUCACUUCUCGUUAAAAUUUACUGUAUUUAUUAUUUUUACAAAUGGUGCAAUAAUGUGUAAAUAAAUUAUAAAAAAGCACAUGAAAUGGGAUUUGUGGUAAAAAUGAGAAGCAAUUUUGAUUUUUUAUUAAUUGAAAAAAAAAAUGCAUUGAUACAAUUGUUAAUUAAAACAUAUUUAGUUCUGAAUAUUUUAAAUUAAUAUAUUUUAAAUUAAUAUAAAAUAUUUUUAUAUGUAUACUGAUGUACUCAUACAUUUUAAGUUGUAUGCUGUGGUCUAAAUACAUUAAAAAAAUAAAAAAUGAUAUUAUGAAAUAAUCACCAAAUUAUUAAAUGCAGAAAAUUAUAUUCCCAGUUAUAUAAGCAAUAAGUACUUACUUAAUCGAUAAGUAUGGAACAGGUUAAGUACCUAAGUAUAGCUACUGUCUUAUUUCCUUUUAAUAAUAGAUAUAAGCUUGCUAAGGAGUAGGUACUUAGCAGUUCAUAAAUAAAGCAAUUAAUGCCAUAGAAAUUUUAUAGGCCUUUAUAAUUUGCCUUUGCUAAAUGAAAAAUGUGCCUUUUACUUUAUUAAAAGCUAUAAUUAUUAUAUUUAGGCAAUAAAAAUAUAAUUCGGUAAAUAAGAUGGUAGGAAUAACUUAAAGAUUUUGCACAAUGUGCAAUACUUAAUAUGAAAUCUCUUGGGCAGGCUUCGAUUUUGUGAGUAGCAAUAAUAUAACAUGGCUUUCUCUAUAUUUUUACUGAAAAAGUCAGUAAUAGAUAAGUAUCUUAUGACCAUCUUAAUAUAUUUUUGUUGUUAUUUCAGUUAUUUGUUGUAUUAUUGCAUCUUUAUUUUAUGUAUUGAAAUUUUGUCAUAUUGUACUAAAUGCAUUUUACAUUAAAGGUUACAAAAGUGUGCUUAGGCAUUUAAUCCACAAUAUUAACCGUUACACUAUUGAUAAAUUGAGAACACUUUACUCAAAGUUUAUCAAUAAUAAGAACAUUAGUUAUAUGAUCUCCCUGGCACUAUUACUUUAAUUAAUUAUACAAUUUUUCAAGUUA